AGCAGCCCACCCCUCUUUGCAGUAUGCAUGCUGGCUUGGGAUUUUGCGGAGCUCCCACGUCCCAGCAGCAGCGCACCUCGGCGGCCAGAGAACAUCCACACAAGAGUCGAGGAUAAUACAUUUGGAUGUGGCAGGAGGACCAAGGGCGGAAAAGCUGGCGUGACCGGGGGAAUAGUUUGCCAUUAUUGUUAUUAUUAUUUUUAUUAUUAUUAUUAUUAUUAUUAUUAUUAUUAAUAUUACUAUUACAGGAGUACAGGGUGCCGCUCUUCUCUGAACGUGGACAAUCAUGCUUGUGCUCUUUUGGGGCUUGGGGUUCCUGUUAUUCCCUGAUUUAUUGAAUGUAGACGCAACCACGGGGACAUUACUCCUGAAGUCAAGCACAGUAAAAGAGGAGAUCGGCGCCUAUGAGAUUGUAACGCCGGUGCGAGUGGACGAAGCCGGUGAAAAGUUUCCAAGCAGCGUGCACUUCAAGAGGAAACGACGAAGCUUGGACGAGAAUAACACUACGGAGCACUGGACCUCUCCAAAUAUUCACUACAGGAUUUCUGCUUUUGGACAAAACUAUCACCUCAACCUUACGCUGGACUCGGGAUUUAUCGCCCCCCUGUACACUGUGACAAUACUUGGAGUACCCAGAGGAGAUAACAUAACGGGUUUGGCAACAGACGAGGAUGAGGAUGAGGACACCGAAUUAAGACACUGCUUCUAUAAAGGACAAGUAAAUGCGCAAGCAGAGCACGCCGCAGUCAUCAGUUUGUGCUCAGGAUUGCUUGGUACCUUCAGGUCUCCAGAAGGGGAGUAUUUUGUUGAGCCCCUUCAAAGCUAUCAAGGAGAACAUUAUGAAGAGGAACACACAAAACCUCAUAUUGUGUACAGGAAGAGUGCACCCGAGAAACAGAAAUCUGGGGGGAGCGCAGCUUGUGACACUUCAGGACAUAAACACAGACACAUGAGGCAUAAGCUGAGCAGGAAGCCAACAGCUGGGGUGACCUCAGACAAAGCACCCGUUCCCAGCGCUAGCAUAUUAAAUGAUGUGGAGUCACUAAGUGCCCGUCUGACCAAUGAUGCCUUGCUCAGAUCACAAAGCAGCAGUGUUGGCGCAAAUGACAGCAGCAUCAGCAGUGACUCAAGACCUCACAAGCGAUCAAAGCGCUUCCUCUCCUACCCGCGCUUCGUUGAAGUCAUGCUGGUGGCCGACAGCAAGAUGGUGGACCAUCACAGCAGCAACCUGCAGCACUACAUCCUCACGUUAAUGUCCAUUGUGUCUUCCAUCUAUAAGGACCCCAGCAUUGGAAAUCUGAUUAACAUUGUCAUUGUCAAGUUGGUCAUAAUCAACAACGAGCUUAAUGGUCCUCAGGUUUCCUUCAACGCACAGACCACUUUGAAGAACUUCUGCAUUUGGCAGCAGAGUCAGAAUGUCCUGGAUGAUAACCACCACUCGCACCAUGACACGGCCAUCCUCAUCACGAGGCAAGACAUUUGCAGAGCGAGGGAUAAAUGUGACACCUUGGGACUGGCAGAGUUGGGUACCGUGUGCGAUCCAUACAGGAGCUGUAGCAUCAGCGAGGACAACGGCCUCAGCACAGCGUUCACCAUCGCCCAUGAACUGGGUCACGUGUUCAACAUGCCUCAUGAUGACAGCAACAAAUGUAAAGAGGAUGGUGUCAAGAUUCAGCAGCACGUGAUGGCUCCCACCCUGAACUACAACACAAACCCUUGGAUGUGGUCCAAGUGUAGCAGGAAGUACAUCACAGAGUUCCUCGACACAGGCUAUGGUGAGUGCUUGCUCGACGAACCCCUUUCUAGGCCAUACAGUCUUUCGCAGCAGCUGCCUGGACGGAUAUACGAUGUCAAUAAACAGUGUGAAUUGAUAUUUGGGCCGGGAACACAGGUGUGCCCUUAUAUGACCCAAUGUCGGAGGUUGUGGUGUACCAGCCCAGAGGGUGCCCAGCGGGGCUGCAGGACACAGCACAUGCCGUGGGCUGACGGCACUGACUGCUCUCCUGGAAAGCACUGCAAACACGGCCUGUGCAUAGCCAAAGAGCACGACUCCGCACCUGUGGAGGGGGCAUGGGGAGUUUGGAGUCCUUUCGGUACCUGUUCUCGGACAUGUGGCGGGGGCAUCAAGAUGGCAGUGCGCGAAUGCAACCGACCCGUGCCCAGGAAUGGAGGGAUGUACUGUGUUGGUCGCCGAAUGAAAUUCCGUUCCUGUAACUCUGAGCCGUGCUCCAAACAGAAGAAGGAUUUCAGGGAGGAGCAGUGCGCCGCUUUCGAUGGCAGACAUUUCAACAUCAACGGUCUACCUCCUAACGUUCGCUGGGUGCCCAAAUACAGCGGAAUCCUGAUGAAGGACAGGUGUAAACUGUUCUGCAGGGUAGCAGGCAGCACGGCCUACUAUCAGCUCAGGGACCGGGUUACUGACGGCACGCCAUGUGGACCUGAUACCAAUGACAUCUGCGUCCAAGGCUUGUGCAGACAAGCCGGCUGUGACCAUGUACUGAACUCCAAAGCCAGAAGGGAUAAGUGCGGUGUGUGCGGAGGUGACAACUCUUCCUGCAAAACUGUGGCAGGCACCUUCAACAUUGUACGCUAUGGCUACAAUGAAGUAGUGCGGAUACCUAGUGGUGCUACAAACGUAGAUGUGCGUCAACACAGCUACUCAGGGAAACCAGAGGAUGACAACUACCUCGCCAUAUCAAACAACCGUGGAGAGUUCCUGCUUAAUGGAGAGUUUGUGGUCAGCAUGUUCAAAAGGGAAAUUAAAGUAGGAAACGCUGUCAUUGAGUACAGUGGCUCUGACCAUGUUAUUGAGAGGAUCAAUUGUACUGAGCGCAUCGAAGAGGAGAUCAUCGUCCAGGUGCUGUCUGUGGGGAACCUUUACAACCCAGAUGUCAGGUACUCCUUCAACAUCCCCAUAGAGGAUAAGCCUCAGCAGUUCCUCUGGGAUGCUUAUGGUCCGUGGCAGGAGUGCAGCCGUCUGUGCCAAGGUGAGAAGAAGAGGAAGGUUCUUUGUAGCAGAGAGUCAGACCGCGUAGUGGUGUCAGACCAGAGAUGCCAUGGCGUACCGAGACCUGCCAUCAUCUCUGAGCCCUGCAACACAGAAUGUGAGCUGAGGUGGCAUGUUGCCCGAAAGAGUGAGUGCACAGCUCAGUGUGGUCUGGGAUAUCGCACCCUGGACAUAUUCUGUGCCAAAAUCAGCCGUACAGAUGGAAAGACGCAGAAAAUCGAUGAUCGCUACUGUAGUGGUCAGCGCAAACCUGAUGACAAAGAAGGUUGCCAUGGAGAUUGUAAUUCUGGAGGCUGGGAGUACUCACCCUGGUCAGAGUGCUCAAAGAGUUGUGGUGGGGGCACCCGCCGAAGAGGGGCAGUGUGUCGAAAGGCAGCAGAGCCUGAGACCGAUGAGAGCAAAUGUAGUCAAAGGGACAAGCUGGCCGUCCAGCCCUGCAAUGAAUUCCUCUGUCCACAAUGGAAGACUGGCGACUGGUCCGAGUGCCUUGUCACGUGCGGGAAAGGCUAUAAGCACCGCCAGACGUGGUGUCAGUUUGGGGAGGACCGUCUAGAUGACCGCUUCUGUGGUUCGUCCAAACCUGAGUCGGUCCAGACGUGUCAGCAGCAGGAGUGUGCCUCUUGGCAGGUUGGCCCCUGGGGACAGUGCACUACCUCGUGCGGGCUUGGGUACCAGAUGCGAGCUGUGAAGUGUGUUGUUGGGUCCUAUGGUGCUGUCAUGGAAGACACUGAAUGUAAUGCUGCCACCCGACCCACUGAUGCCCAGGACUGUGAAUUGUCCCAGUGUCCAAACAGUCAUCCUGUUCCACCAGGGCCCAAAGUCCCUUCUCAUCAGGGACAUAAAACCCAGUGGCGGUUUGGUUCCUGGACCCAGUGCAGCGCCAGCUGUGGUAAAGGGACGCGGAUGCGUUAUGUGAGUUGCCGUGACAACCACGGUGGUGUGGCAGAGGACUCGGCAUGUGCCCAUCUCCCAAAACCUCCUGCCCGAGAAGUGUGUUCUGUUGUAGCCUGUGGACAGUGGAAAGUGUUGGAAUGGACAAUGUGUUCAGUAACCUGUGGUCAGGGGAAGACCACACGCCAGGUGGUCUGUGUCAACUUCAGUGACCAAGAGGUGAAUGCUAGCGAGUGUGACCCUGACGAUCGGCCAAGCACGGAGCAGGACUGCGCCAUGUCUCAAUGCCCGUCCCACGCCAGUGAUCCCAAACCUUUCCCAUCCUCGCCAAACAGCAGUGCCAGGAACGUCAUUCCCCAAAGCCAAUCCCACCAAUGGCGGACUGGACCCUGGGGCGCGUGCUCCAGCACAUGUGCAGGAGGCUUUCAGCGGCGAGUCGUUGUGUGCCAGGAUGAGAACGGCUACCCUGCCAACAGCUGUGAGGAUCGCACCCGGCCCAGUGAGCAGCGAUCCUGUGAGUCGGGGCCAUGUCCGCAGUGGAUCUAUGGCAACUGGGGAGAGUGCACCAAGCCAUGCGGAGGUGGGAUAAAGACGAGGCUGGUUGUAUGUCAACGUCCAAAUGGUGAGCGUUUCAGUGAUCUGAGCUGCGAGAUCCACGAUAAGCCACCGGAUCGGGAGCAGUGCAAUACUCAGCCGUGCCAUUCUAGCCCCCACUGGAGUACAGACCCAUGGAGCUCGUGCUCAGCCUCCUGCGGAAGAGGCUUCAAGUCCCGCAAGGUGCGCUGCGUAACCAGCUCGGGCCGCUCUGUCGAAGAAGAGAACUGUCAGCACUUGACCCCCAAACCCAGCAAGCAAACGCGCUGCCGAGGUGGCCGAUGUCCCAAGUGGAAGACUGGCAGCUGGGAGGAGUGCUCAGCAUCCUGCGGCGAUGGCAUCCAGCGGCGGGAAGUCACCUGCCAGGCUGGAGCCAGAAGGAGCCCACUGGAGACCGACUGCCCGGAGCGCUCCCGUCCGCCAUCCAGCCGGAGCUGCCGUGUCGCUGAGUGUCCCGCGCGGUUUCGAUGGCAAGAGGGAGACUGGCAGGCGUGCAGUAAAUCAUGUGCAUCAGGCCACAGGAGACGUGCUUUACAAUGUGUGGACGACCACCACCAAGAGGUCCAUGAAAUGUACUGUGUGAACCAAAUCAGACCACCUGACAUAGAAAGCUGCAAUACCCACGGCUGUGAAUUCAUCUGGAUCACAGGGGAAUGGACCGAGUGCUCAGCCAGCUGUGGACCGGGCUACCGCCAGCGUCUGAUCUCCUGCAGCGAAGUGCAUGUGGAGAAUGACAACUAUGAGUAUGGUCAUCAGUCUCUGUCCAACUGCCCAGGGACCCCCCCUGAGAGGUAUAUGCCUUGUAAUCUGGCGCCAUGCCCACCUCUGCAGGAGUGGAGGGUUGGAACCUGGGGACCAUGUUCAGUGAGCUGUGGCGAUGGAGUGAUGGAAAGGAUGGUGCAGUGUGUGACAGCAGAUGGCCAGCAACGCAAUAGAUGCUCCCUUGAUGUCAUGCCAGAAGCCAGAAAAGCCUGCAGAAGCCGGAGCUGCCAUUUGCCUUCCAGCUGCCAAGACGUCCAGAGCAUGAAUCUUCCAGAUGGUGAACACUUACUGAAUAUUCAAGGACGUACUCUCAAGGUCUACUGUGCAGGAAUGCAGACAGAGAAUCCACAGGAGUAUAUCACCUUGACAACAGGAGAAGAAGACAAUUUUUCAGAGAUCUUCGGCUUCAGGCUCAAUGACCCCACCCAGUGUCCAGCCAACGGGUCCAGAAGAGAAGACUGUGACUGUCGGAGAGACUACUCUGCUGCGGGCCUCACCACCUUCUCCAAAGUGCGCCUGGAUGUGAGCAAAAUGAACAUCAUCACUACAGAUUGGCAAUUUGCAUUGACUCACGAAGGCAACACAGUUCCAUUUGGCACAGCAGGAGACUGCUACAGCGCCUCCCAAUGUCCACAGGGCCGUUUCAGCAUCAACCUCUCGGGAACAGGUUUUAAGGUGGCUCCAGACACCUCAUGGACCUCCCAGGGCAAUUAUGUGGUGUCUGAUGUGAGGAAAUCAAAGGAUGGCAGCAGAGUGUCGGGAACGUGUGGAGGCUACUGUGGUAAAUGUACUCUGUCCUCUGGGUCCAGUCUUCAUGUUACAGUGACCUAGAUCCUUUUCAACGGGAUAUAGUAGCAUGGGGUGCUGUCUUGACGUCACCAGAACAUAAACUACUCCAUCAUCACUUAGAACCCGUGACUGCCCUUGUGCUGCAGUUAUGUGUCUUUCCCUCAGCUGCUUGCGACUGUUUGUCAGUCAGGUGCUCGUAGUGUCAAGACAUCCCUCCACCUUGGUGCUACAACCAACGCACACUUCCGAUCCAUCCAUCACAUGACCUUUUUUUUUUUACCUUGUGUAAAUGACAUUGGUGUAAUUACUGUAAAUAGGAAUAUGUGCCGUAUAUGUCUUAUUUAUUGUAUUCUUAUUUUUAUAAUUGUAAUUGCGACUUAGAUUAAUCAGUAAAUGCCACAUGGUGUCACAUUGCAUUAUAAUUCACUUUUGCCAGUGAGUGCCUUUCGUUUUGGAUGAUUACAUUUUUGAUACCCCCACCCUAUGCAUGUUCGCUCCAGCCAAUACGUAAACAGGCUGUUGCCUAUAUACUGUAGAGCUAAGUGUAAUUUUAAUUUGCAAAAUGUGCUUUCUUAACACCAAGUACAACGCCGAUCUCGCAGCUGCUAAACAUUUUGAAUAUGACUUUAAUGGAUGUUGAAAUUGCCCACUUAGAGCAAAAGUGGACAGCGGUUAUGCGUGUGCAGCUGUUAGGGAGUUGCAGCAAAACAGUUGCUUUUAUUUAUAUGGAAUUAAAGCCUCAAUUCAUAUACGCUGCCAUAAACUAUGGAGUGCACCUUUAACAGUUUCUUGGGACACUUUCUAGACUUUUUUUUUUUGUCCAUUCAACAAGUCAGAGGACACUGUUGUUGAAUGAGGGAGUCCAUCCCAAAGAUGUUUGAUGGGUUUGAGGUCAGGGCUCUCAAGUUCUUCCAUAGCAAACUACUGUAAGCAUUGUUUGCUUUGUGCACAAGGGCAUUGUCGUGCUGGAACAGGAAGCAACUUUCCCAAACCGUUCCCACAAAGUAAGCAUACAAUUAUCCAAAAUGUCUACAUUGAUUCAUUACUUAGUAGCCUUUUCUGUCAAGUAGGCAUCAAGUAUGAUAUGGAUUCUGAUCGUAUGUACACAAGAAGUGAGCUGCAUAAGCACACACCGAAACAAGAGGGGUAGAUUGGAAGUCGCAAAAAACUUUCAGACGUGAGUGCGCAACAAAUUCCUCUGCACUCUGGCAAGACUGGCAUCAGCAUCAGGCAGCGUGACGAAGCAAAGCCAUGACCCUAGAGAAAGGAGACUAGCAGAAAGCAGGUUAUCUUAUCUGGAGUAGCUUGAAAGAAUCCUGAAAGAGAGAUUUCACCUCAGGCCCAUAAAACUCCAGAAGAUACCCAGCAGAUGUUCUCCACAGGUCCCCAGAGAGACCUCACAAGUAGAACAAGCUGUGUGAGAUCUGUACACGGGAAUUUUCUUAACUGUUACCUUCUGUACUUUCCCAUACGGUGGACCCUUGAUUAGCGUCAUUAAUUUGUUCCAGAAGAUUUUACAAUAAUAGUUUUACAUGCAAUAAACAAUUUAAAAUGCAUAUAAAUACAUAUAAAUAAUGAAUGAAAGGGAUAAAUAAACAUUUAGGCUUGUUUUACCUUCACUGAAGACAUUAUUCUUGAUGUGACUGUUCCCAAAGACACUAUGUGGCAACAAGACACCACCUUCCUGUUUUGCCAUGAGCUAUUUCUUGAAUUCAAUAGUGUUUCUCACCUCAAUAACACAAAAUGGAGCCACAGAAAGUUUCACGUGCCAGCAUUUUGAUAAAGAUGGUGAAAAACACUCUUAGGAAAAUGCUGUCCAUGUGUCUCACUGCCACAUGGUGUCUAUGGGAACGCUCACAUCAAGACUCGUGUUUUCAAUGACGGUAAAAGUAACCUUAAAUGUUAAUUUAUCUCUUUCAUUCAUCAUUUGUACGCAUUUAGAAUUGCUUUAUGGAUGGAAAACUAUACAAACGUGUUUCAUGUUACCUUUUUUGAGAGUCAACCGCUGAUGACAUCAUAGAUGAUCUACGUAGCUGACUUCUGGUUGCCAUUUUGUAAUGUAGCAAGCUAGCUUGAAGCUAUGGAUGUUUUGUGAUAAAAAUACAUUAACACAGUUGGGUUCCGGCAGCGUAUUAAUAACACGACAAGACGCGUGCCAUAUUGUGCGUGAACCGGGAAAUGUAUGCAAACCGAGUGUCGAUUUUUUACGUUAACCGAGGUUCCGAUAUACCCUUUUUUUAUUGACUAGUACGUACCAGCGUGUUUCUGUUCCUGCUUAUCACAUCUAACUUGUCUUAUUGUUCAUGAACAUAUCAGGGUACAUAGUUAUGUUUGUAUUCUUAUUUUUCUUUACCUCUCAUUUCUCCGUAAUCCAUAAAGGGAAAAUAAAGUACAAAGGUAGCAUCGCACGGAAGCCUUUACAGACGGUGCUGUGGCAGUGCCUCCUUUUGUAUGUGCACACAUUGCACAAAGGACUUUUAGCUGUUGUAACAUUCAACUGUGCAAGUCUGCCAUCAUUUGUAAGGACAUGGACCAGAAACAUUUUGGCGCACCUUACGACUGCACUUCUCAUUGUCAACAUGUACUUCAGUCCAGCAGGAUCUCAGGUGACAUAAAUGAAGGGAUUAUUGUGAUAUUUAUCUUAUUAUGCAUUUUGCAACAUGUUAAUCAUGGAACUGUAAAUGUAUCAUUGCAGUUGAAUAGUAUAUAGUGUAAUAUAAGCUUUAUUUGAAAUGGAAAUAUUUAUUUUACCUUGUCUUGUGAAUGUAUAUAGCCUCUGACCACAAGUGCUUAUGAAUUUCACUGCAUAAACAGAUUUAUUAUCAGGCUUUAAUG